AACAAAGAUAUGAAGAUCUUCACAAAGCUCUCUGCACCACUCUGCCUCCUUUUUGUCUUCCUCUGUCUUAAAACUGCCUUCUCAUCCUCUAUACAUGCUUCUUCCUUCUCAACAACGCAUCUCUGCUCUCAUGAGGAGGCUCUUGCUUUGCUGCAAUUCAAGACAUCCUUCUCCAUCAAUUACACUGCUUCGGAUCCAUAUUAUUGUGGGGAUCAUUUUUAUACUAAACCUAAUUAUUCUAAGAUUGAGUCAUGGAAGGAAGGUAUAGACUGUUGUUCUUGGGAUGGGGUUAGCUGUGAUAAUGUCACAGGCCAUGUAAUUGCCCUUAAUCUCAGCUGCAGUUUCCUUUAUGGCACCUUUCCUUCCAACAGCACUCUUUUCUUCCUCAGAAACCUGCAGAGCCUCAAUCUUGCCUUGAAUGAUUUUAGGCUUUCCAAGAUUCCUUCGGAAAUCAGUCAGUUUACUAGACUAAAGCAUCUUGAUGUCUCUUCUUUUGGAUUUUCGGGCCAAGUUCCGAGAGAAAUUGCUCACCUCCCCAAAAAUCUUGUUCAUAACUUGAGUGAGGUGAGAGAACUUGUGCUUAGUGGAGUGAACAUGACAUCUGUUAAUCCUCGUUUCUUCAUGAAUCUCUCUUCUUCUUUGACUACUCUUCGUCUUUUUCAUUGUCAGUUAAGAGGAAACUUUCCAAACAGUAUUUUUCGCUUUCCAAAUCUCAACAAAUUUAGUUUAGGUGGGAAGGGAAACCUCACUAUUGAUCUUCCAAGUUCCAAUUGGAGCAGUCCUCUCCAAUAUUUGGUUUUAGGUGUCAUGCAUUGCGGGGGGAGAUUACAAGAGUCCAUAGGAGAUCUAAAGUCAUUACAAGUUCUACGACUCACUUGCAAUUUGGAAGGUUCCAUUCCGACUUUCAUAUGUAACUUAAGGCAACUUACUGUCCUAUACCUUGAUUCUAACAAUCUUAGCGGACAAAUCCCAUCAUCAAUUGCAAACCUCACACAACUUAGUCAUCUUGUACUUUCAGAUAAUCAGUUUUCUGGUCCCAUUCCUUUUCAUGCUAUUAGGCCAAUAACUUUGAUGGAAAUAUACCAUUUGGGUUUCCAAAGGGUUGUGGAUUACGAAAUCUCAACUUACAUGGAAAUCAAAUGGACGGGCCAUUACCAAGUGCUUGUCUUAAGGUCCAACAAGUUCCACGGUUCUGUGCAGAGCACCAAAGAAAGUCCAUCUUUUCUCAGGUUACGAGUUCUGGACCUCUCCAACAAUGAUUUCCUUGGUCCUUUGCCUGUUCGGUACAUCGAAAAUUUUAAAGCGAUGAUGGACCUUUAUAGAGAUGAGGGUUCUCCUGAAUACAUGAAUGUCUAUUCUUAUCAAUAUUCACUGGUUGUGACAUGGAAGGGAUUCGACUAUGAGCUGCAGGGAAUCUUGACCGUAUUCAGUAGUAUUCAUCUCUCAAAUAACAUGGAAUUUGAUGAAUCUGGAAUGGUUGGAUCUCUCUUCCAACGAGCUGGCGGGGAAAAAUCCAGAUGAAUUGGUAUCUUUGACACAACUUUCUGUGUUGAAUCUUUCAAAUAAUCAUCUUGUCGGACGCAUACCACAGGGCAAUCAGUUCAACACCUUUGGAAAUGGUUCUUAUGAAGGAAACCUUGAACUGUGUGGAAUCCCAUUGUCAAAAUCUUGUGAUGGAAUUGGGACACCGCCGAGCUCCUUCCAAGAAAAAGAUGAGUUGUGG